AUGGAUACAGAAUCCACGUAUUCGGGAUACUCCCACUACUCAGGUCACUCCAAAAAAGCCCACAGACAAGGGAAAAGGAGCCGAGACCGGCACAAGUCCCCGCGGAGCAAGGACGGCAGCCGCUCCGAGAAGUCGGUCACCAUCCAGGCCCCGCCCGCGGAGCCGCUGCUCGGCAACGACGCCUCUCGGCCAGAGGAGGGACAGGAUGACAACUGGGGUGAGACCACAACAGCAAUCACAGGCACCUCUGAGCACAGUAUUUCCCAGGAGGACAUUGCCCGGAUCAGUAAGGACCUGGAGGACAGCGUUGGGUUGGACUGCAAACGUUACCUGGGCCUAACAGUGGCGGCCGUUCUCGGACUCCUUGUCUUCCUUACCCCUAUUGCCUUCAUUCUGUUACCCCAGAUCCUGUGGCGGGAUGAUCUGGAGCCAUGUGGUACUGUCUGUGAGGGACUGUUCAUCUCUGUGGCGUUUAAACUCCUCAUUCUUCUGAUUGGGACCUGGGCUCUGUUUUUCCGCCAGCCCAAGGCAGAUAUACCAAGGGUGUUUGUGUUUCGGGCCCUUCUGCUGGUCCUCAUAUUCCUGUUUGUGUUCUCCUACUGGCUGUUUUACGGCGUCCGCAUCUUGGACACGAAGGACACCAACUACCAAGGGAUAGUGCAGUACGCGGUAUCUCUGGUGGAUGCUCUGCUCUUCAUUCACUACCUGGCCAUCGUGCUGCUGGAGCUACGGCAGCUGCAGCCCAUGUUCACUGUCAAGGUGGUUCGGUCAACGGACGGAGAGUCACGAUACUACAGCUUGGGGCACUUGAGCAUCCAGCGAGCUGCACUGGUGGUUCUGGAAAACUACUACAGAGAUUUCACAGUGUACAACCCAGCCUUAUUAACAGCCUCCAAAUCCCGUGCAGCCAAGCACAUGGCUGGCCUGAAGGUCUACAAUGUUGAUG